AUGACGCUUGAGAGGGUAAAUAUGGAUGAGCCAAGAAAUGUGGAAAAGUCAAUAUGGAAACGUAUCGCUACUCGUCCAUUUAUCACUGUUCUAACAUUUGUUGGCAUCAUUUCAAUUGCAUUAAGUUGUACAUUAGUUUACUUACUUGUAAGAAAAACAACAACAAUAUGUUUAACACCUGAAUGUAUUAAAACAGCAUCGGUAAUUUUGACAUCAAUGAAUGCAAAGAUGGAUCCAUGUGAAGAUUUUUAUGAAUAUGCAUGUGGAAAUUGGAUUAAAGAUCAUCCGAUACCUGAUGAUGCACCCUCGGUGUCAAAUUUUGAAAAUUUAGGACAAGAUCUUGAGUUUGCACUAAAAGGUCUACUGGAACAAAAGAAUAUAGAAAGCUUGGAUGGUGAUGCUGUACGAAAAGCUCGAGCGUUUUAUCAUCUGUGCCUCAAUGAAACUGCAAUAAUAAAUACAUGGAGGGAAACAUUUGAUAAUGCAGUGAAAAAUUUUGGUGGUUGGCCAAGUUUAGAAAAAUCAGAUAAUAAGCCAAGGAUAUCAGUCGAACAAAUGUAUGGCAUAAUGGUUGCUAAAUUUAGAAGUGAUUCACUUUUUAAAGCAACUGUUCAACCCGAUGAUAAAAACUCGCAGCAAAAUGUUUUAUUGAUUGAUCAACCAGCGUUGAAUUUAUUCGCACGUGAUUUUUACAUUUUAUCAGAAACGCAAGAAGAACGAUUAGCAUAUAAAACAUUGAUUAGAGAUGUUUUAUUAUUAUUGGAAGCUCGAGUUGAAGCAUACAAUCGUGAUUUUGAUGAAAUUUUACAGUUUGAAACUGAUCUUGCAAAUAUCACCUUAUCCGAAGAUUUAAGACAUGAUAUUGCUGAAUUAUACAACAAAAUGACAAUUGAACAAAUGAGUAAGGAAUUUCCAAAUUUCAAUUGGUUAUUAUUCUUCAGUACAAUUUUUCAAAAUAUUGCUUCAUCAGAUAAUCAAAUAAUUAAAAUGAAUGAUACAACGGAAAUUGUCAUUUAUGGUUUACAAUUUAUUAAAAAACUUGAUGAAUUGCUACCAAAAUAUGACAAAAGGAUAAUUUCUAAUUAUUUGGCUUGGUGUUGGUUUUUUAAAACAAUGCUACGUGAUUUACCUGAUCCAUUUGCAUUAACAAUGUUCAAAUUUUAUAAAAGUCUUAAUUUGAUGCAAGUGCCAAAAAUGCGUUGGCAUAGUUGUGUGACACGUGUCAAUAAUUUGAUGCCAAUGGCCGUAUCAAGUAUUUAUAUUAGGAAGCAUUUUGAUAACGAAGCUAAGAAACAGGUGGAAGAAAUGAUUGAAUUAAUAAUGGCAACAUUUGUGGACAUAUUGCAAUCCGAAGAUUGGCUUACUGAACAUGCAAAAGAAUUUGCUAAGGAAAAAGUUGAUGCGAUGAGCAAAAAGAUUGGUUAUCCGAAUUAUUUGGAUGAUUCAAAAUUAGUCGAUAAUGAUUACAAAACUUACAUUGUUUAUGAUGGUGAUUAUUACAAGACAAAAUUUCAAUUUUAUCAUAUGUAUCAGAAGGAUAUAUUAGAACGUAUCGUUAAAAAAGUUGAUCGUGAAAGAUGGGUUGCUGGUGCAGCACUUGUGAAUGCUUUUUAUAGUCCAAAUACGAAUGAGAUAAUAUUUCCGGCUGGUAUCUUGCAACCGGUUUUCUAUCAUAAACAUUUUCCACGUUCCAUGAACUUUGGCGGUAUUGGUGUUGUAAUUGGCCAUGAAAUUACGCAUGGAUUUGAUGAUCGAGGACGAUUGUAUGAUAAAUAUGGUAAUAUUCGACAAUGGUGGGAUAAUGCAACAAUUGAAAAAUUUGAAAUGAAAACAAAAUGCAUUGAGGACCAAUACUCAGCGUUUGUACUUGAACAAAUUGGUAUGAAAGUUAAUGGACGUAGCACAAAAGGUGAAAAUAUAGCUGAUAAUGGUGGAUUGAAACAGGCUUACAGAGCAUAUAAAAAGUAUGUGCGCAAAAAUCCACAAUACUCGCUGUUGCCGGGUGUCAACUUGACGCAUGAUCAAUUAUUCUUCCUGAAUUAUGCUCAGAUUUGGUGUGGUACUAUGAAUGAUAAGGAAGCAGUGAGAAAAUUACGGACAUCUGAGCAUUCACCGGGACCAAUCAGGGUAAAAGGGCCAUUAUCAAAUUCGGAAGAUUUCGCAAAAGCAUAUAAUUGUCCAUCGGGCAGUCCAAUGAAUCCACGUCACAAAUGUCGCGUAUGGUAG